CGCCCGGGAACGCCCGGCGCCCGGCCGCGACCUUCCCGGAUCCGCCAGCUGGAUUGCCUUCCCCGCGUGUCCCGCAACGGUUCCCGUGCGGCGCCCCCUGUCCCGCGCCGGCUGUGUGGCGAGUGCCCGGGCGGUCGCGAGAAUGAGCCGCAUCUACCAGGACAGCGCGCUCCGGAACAAGGCGGUGCAGAGUGCGCGGCUGCCAGGGGCCUGGGACCCCGCCGCCCACCAGGGGGGAAACGGUGUGCUGCUGGAGGGAGAGCUGAUAGAUGUGUCUCGGCAUAGCAUCUUGGAUGCCCAUGGCAGGAAGGAGCGCUGCUACGUACUGUAUAUCCGGCCCAGUCACAUCCAUCGCCGUCAAUUCGACGCCAAGGGAAAUGAAAUCGAGCCCAACUUCAGCGCCACCAGGAAAGUGAACACGGGCUUCCUUAUGUCUUCCUACAAGGUAGAAGCCAAGGGGGACACUGACAGGCUCACGCCCGAGGCGCUGAAGCAGCUGGUCAACAAGCCAGAGCUGCUGGCGCUGACGGAGCGCCUCACCCCUGACCACACGGUGGCGUUCUGGAUGCCUGAGUCGGAGAUGGAGGCAAUUGAGCUCGAGCUGGGGACGGAAGUGCGGCUGAAGACGCGGGGUGACGGUCCCUUCCUGGAGUCUUUGGCCAAACUUGAGGCUGGGACCGUGACCAAGUGUAAUUUUGCUGGCGACAGAAAGACAGGGGCAUCCUGGACAGACAACAUCAUGGCCCAGAAGUGUUCGGAGGGGGCUGCGGCGGAGACCCGAGAGCAGGGGGAUGGGGCAGAGGACGAGGAGUGGGAUGACUGAGGUGAGUGGGACAUAAAUGCCUCCAGGGCCACCAGCACCUUUGGUAGCAUUGUUGAGAAUCUCUUCCAUGAACUUCUACUCUGG